AUGUUGGAAGAUCAAGUAGCGUAUUUGUUGCAGAGGUACUUGGGGAACUAUGUUAGAGGGCUCAAUAAAGAAGCUCUCAAGAUCAGUGUGUGGCAAGGUAAUGUGGAGCUAACAAAUAUGCAGCUGAAGCCAGAGGCACUCAAUGCAUUGAAGUUGCCUAUAAAGGUCAAGGCGGGGUUUCUUGGAUCAGUAAAGCUUCAGGUUCCCUGGAGUAGGCUGGGACAAGAUCCUGUUUUGGUUCACCUGGAUCGUAUAUUUUUGCUAGCUGAGCCUUCAACUCAGGUGGAAGGCUCCAGUGAGGAUGCGGUCCAAGAAGUCAAGCGAAGUCGGAUACGGGAAAUGGAAAGGAAGUUAUUGGAGAGAAGACAAAUAUUGGAGAAUGAGAUGAACAAGUCUUGGUUAGGUUCUUUGAUCAACACUGUAAUUGGGAAUCUGAAACUUUCAAUUUCAAAUAUUCACAUCAGAUAUGAGGAUAUUGAGAGCAAUUUUGGCCAUCCUUUUGCUUCUGGUGUGACAUUAGACAAGCUAUUGGCUGUGACAGUUGAUGAUAGCGGGCAGGAGAUUUUUGCAACCGGGGGUGCACUGGAGCGUAUUCAGAAGUCUGUAGAACUUGAGAGGCUGGCAGUUUAUCUGGAUUCUGAUAUAAGUCCUUGGCACAUAGAUAAAUCAUGGGAGGAUUUAACACCGCGGGAAUGGGAGCAGGUGUGUUUUGUCAUACUUGUGAAUGUUUUUUUUUCCUAUGCUCUUGAAUUGGGUGUAACUAUGUUUCAUGAGAUUCAGAUUUUCAAGUUUGGGACGAGGAAUGGAAAGCCUGCAACUAUUCUCGAUGAGGAACACACUUAUGUUUUGCAGCCAGUUACUGGAAAUGCAAAAUAUUCAAAGCAGCAUCUCAAUAUGACUGUUAAUACUGGUCAGCCGCUUCAAAAAGCAGUGGUGAAUCUAGAAGACGUCACACUCAGUUUGUCCAAGAGUGGUUACAGGGAUCUGCUGAAGUUGGCUGACAAUUUUUCUGCCUUCAAUCAACGUUUGAAGUAUGCACAUUAUCGGCCACGCGUUGCAGUAAAAUCUGAUCCAAGGUCUUGGUGGAAAUAUGCCUACAGAGCCAUCUCUGAUCAGUUGAAGAAGGCAAGUGGGAGAUUAUCAUGGGAGCAGGUCUUGCGUUAUGCAAGAUUGCGUAAAAAGUACAUAUCGCUAUACGCAAAGUUGCUCAGAUCUGAUGUUGAUAGGACCGUGGUUGAUGAUAAUGAAGAGAUUAAGGAACUUGACCGGGAGCUUGACAUUGAACUAAUUCUCCAAUGGAGGAUGUUGGCUCACAAGUUUGUUUCCCAGACCAUGGAGUCAGAUGCCUACUUAAAGAAUCAGAAGACAAAGAAGUCAUGGUGGCCAUUUGGAGGGUCGAGCAACCCCACAAAAGAUGAAAAUGAGCCUUGGGUCCUUAGUGACGAUGAUUGGGAAAGGUUGAACAAUAUAAUUGGGUACAGGGAAGGCGAAGAUGAAGAAUUGGUGGCCAACAAUGAAAGAGCGGAUGUGCUUCAUACUUCAUUAGAAAUUCACAUGAACCAUAACGCUUCACGGCUUACUUAUGCCAAGGGGUGCCUUGCCGAUUUAUCAUGUGAUAAUCUUGAUUGCUUUAUAGAGCUUUAUGCGGAGUCGAAAGUGUUUGAUAUAAGAUUGGGAUCGUAUCAGCUUUCAUCUCCAAAUGGCCUUCUUGCAGAGAGUGCAACACGUCAUGAUUCUUUAGUUGGAGCCUUUCGCUACAAGCCUUUUGAUUCUGAAGUGGACUGGAGCUUGAGUGCCAAAGCCUCUCCAUGUUACAUGACGUAUCUUAAAGACUCGAUUGAUGAAAUCAUUAAUUUUUUUCAAAGUAAUGCUGCUGUAAGUCGAAGUGUAGCUCUGGAAACUGCAGCUGCAGUCCAGAUGACUAUUGACGAGGUAAAGCGUACCGCACAGCAAGAAGUAAACAGAGCACUGAAGAAUCAGGCCAGGUUUUUCUUGGAUUUGGAUAUUGCGGCUCCCAAGAUUACUAUUCCUACAGAUUUCUCCCCAGAUAACUCUCACUCCACUAAGCUUCUCUUGGACUUGGGAAAUUUAAUCAUUCGUACUCGGGGUGAUGAUGAGGCUGUUCCACCUGAAGAACUAAAUAUGUACUUCCAAUUUAAUUUGGUCUUGAGUGAUGUGUCUGCAUUUUUGGUUGAUGGUGACUAUUAUUGGAGCCAAGCCUCUCCAGAAAAAAUUGAUGCCUCAUCUAAGUCUGCACUUAUUAAUUUCUUGCCUGUUAUUGACAAGUGUGGUGUGGUUGUAAAGCUUCAACAGAUCCGGCUUGAAAACCCAUCAUUUCCAUCUACAAGACUUGCAGUGCGGCUGCCUUCUCUAGGUUUUCAUUUUUCUCCUGCUCGGUAUCACCGGCUGAUACAAGUUGUAAAGGUAUUUCAAGGAGAUAGUAGGGAUACAGCUGAUCUUCCACGCCCUUGGAGUGAAGCGGAUUUUGAAGGGUGGCUGUCUGUUCUUACGCGGAAGGGUAUUGGAGGCAGGGAUGCUAUCUGGCAACAGAAAUAUGUGUGUAUAGUUGGCCCAUAUCUUUAUGUGCUUGAUCAUCCGAACUCUACCUCGUAUACGCAGUAUAAAAGCCUUCGGGGAAAGCAGCUAUAUCAAGUGCCUGCUGACACUGUUGGCGAUCUGGAUUAUGUGUUGGCUCUCAGUGACUCAGAACGAUUCAAUGGCAAGCUAGUGGAAGAUGCAAGUAAUCUACUUUUUCACUGCGAUUCUGAGGAUGCAUUAAGGACUUGGCAGAGGUGGCUGCAGGGUGCCAUUUAUAGUGCAUCGGGUUCCGCGCCUAUUACUGGUUUAUCAGAAACCUCAUCAGACACUGACUCAGAAAAUGAUCGUCUCGACGAUGAAGACCUCAUUCAUUCUUCAGUUAUGGAGAAAGUGUUUUUGACUGGAGUACUUGAUGAACUAAAAAUUUGCUUCCAUUACAACAGUAAGCAUGAUCAGAAUUUCGUGAAGGUCCUCCUGGCCGAAGAAAGCCGCUUGUUUGAACUCCGAGCAAUAGGUGGUCGGGUUGAGCUUUCUAUCAGAGGAAAUGAUAUGUUUAUUGGUACAGUCCUGAAAGCACUAGAGGUGGAAGAUUUAGUAUGCUGCAAAGGGAAAUCUCAGCCUUGUUAUCUUGCAAGAUCCAUCAUCAGGAGUUCCGAUGCACCUGUUUUGUCCGAUAAUAUUGACGAUAAACGCCUUUCAAGUGGUGAUUAUAGUCAAGGAGAAGGUGAUGAUGAAUUUUAUGAGGCAUCUGAAACUCUUAAUGAAGAGAGCCCCCAGUCAGUGGGAACUGAACAGCGUUCUCAUUUUCAGAGCUUUGGCCUGUCAGAUAAUCAUAUUAAAUCUCCUAGUUUCUCUCGUCUUGUUGGUCUCCUUCCUUCUGAGCAUGGGGAUUCUGGAGCUGAUAACUUUGUACCAUCUAAUCAGUUAGACAGCUUUGUGAAGGCCCAAAUUGCUGUAUAUGAUAAGAACUCAGCUGUUCGUGAGGGUAUUGAGACAAAGGUGGCUGUCACCCUUGCGACGCUUUCAUUUUUCUGCCGCAGGCCUACAAUACUGGCAAUUAUUACUUUCUCGAAUGCCAUAAAUAUGGGAGAUGACAAUCGCAAUUCUUUCAGUGAUUCUUCGACUUCUACAGAACAUGACGAUGUCACCGGAGAAAAUGUCGAGGAUAAGCUGGCCUCUGUUAUAUAUAAGGAGCCUGUGGCAAAAGGUUUCAUUGGGAAGGGAAAGUCCAGAAUCAUUUUUUAUUUAACAUUGAACAUGGCUCGAGCUCAGAUAUUUUUGAUGAAAGAAAAUGGAUCCAGGCUGGCCACUUUGUCGCAGGAUAAUUUUCUUACUGAUAUUAAGGUGUUUCCAUCUUCUUUUGCUAUAAAGGCAUCGCUCGGUAACCUACGAAUCAGUGAUGACAGUCUUCACAACAAUCAUAUAUAUUUUUGGGCCUGUGAUAUGAGAGAUCCUGGUGGCAGCUCAUUUGUGGAGUUGAUUUUCUGUUCAUUUAACCCUGACGAUGAAGACUAUGAUGGCUAUGAUUACAGUCUCACUGGUCAACUUUCUGAAGUGCGCAUUAUUUACUUAAACCGAUUUAUUCAAGAGGUUAUUAGCUAUUUCAUGGGUCUUGUUCCCAGCAAUGAAAUAGAUGUGAUCAAGGUAAAAGAACAAGGCGCAGAUACCGAGAAGUCCACUAAAAAUGCAAUCGAUGGUUCACCUGCUGUGAGAUUGGAUGUUUCCUUAAGAAAGCCAAUAAUUCUUAUGCCUAGAAGAACAGACAGUCUUGAAUACCUGAAGCUUGAUAUUGUGCAGAUAACUGUGCAGAAUACCUUUCAGUGGUUUGGUGGCAGUAAAAGUGAAACAAAAGCUGUGCACAUGGACAUUAUGAUGGUUAAAGUUGAAGACAUAAAUCUAAAUGUUGGUGCUGGGAGUGAUUUAGGAGAAAGUAUAAUGAAAGAUGUCAAAGGCAUUUCAGUUAUCAUCCAGAGGCCCCUUCGCGACUUGCUGCAUCAGGUUCCUGGUUCAGAAGUAACUGUCAAGAUUGAAGAACUCAAGGCAGCUCUAUCAAGCAAAGAGUAUCAAAUAAUAACGGAGUGUGCCCAGUCUAAUUUUGCAGAGACUCCUAAUCUGGCCCCCCAGCUUAAUGAUAUCCCCUUGUUUCCUUCAGCUGAUGGGUCUGAACCAUCUGUUCCUGUAGAAUCUAAUGCCGUAGAAUCUGAAGUUCCAAUUAGGGAAGCGUGGAUCACCACCAAGGUUUCUCUUGCGAUUGAUUUAGUUGAACUGAGUCUUUAUUACGGAGUAACAAGGGACGCAUCUCUUGCAACUGUGCAGGUUAGUGGUGUAUGGUUCCUCUACAAAUCUAACACACUAGGGGAUGGUUUUCUCUCAGCAACUCUCAAGGACUUCACUGUGCUUGAUGACCGUGAAGGAACCGAAAAAGAACUUAGGCUCGCAAUAAGGAAUCCUGCAACAAUUGACUAUAAGCAGAAAGAUCUCUUGCCCAAUGAAGAAACACAUUUUGAGAGGGAUAGCGAAGGGGAAAAUAGGCGCGGAAAACUGGUUCCAACAAUGCUUAUUCUUGAUGCCAGAUUUAAUGAAUACUCCACAUCUCUUUUAUUACGUAUUCAACGGCCGCAAUUACUUGUCGCGCUUGAUUUUCUGCUGGAUGUUGUUGAGUUUUUUGUGCCCACAGUUCGUGGUAUGCUAUCAAAUGAAGAGGAUAAGAACUCCUCCCACAUUGUUGAUGCAAUUAUUCUUGAUCAGUCCGUGUACUAUCAACCUAGUGCUGAAUUUGCACUUUCUCCUCUUCGACCUUUGGUUGCUGACGAUGAAAGAUUUGAGCUCUUUGUAUAUGAUGGAAGAGGUGGGAGAUUGUUUUUGCAAGAUAGACAAGGUUUCAAUCUCUCUGUUCCUAGCCUGGAACCAAUGAUUUACGUGGGAAAUGGAAAGCAACUUCGUUUUCAGAAUGUCAUUGUCCAUGAUGGACAAUUUCUAGACUCCUGUAUCUUGCUGGGAUCCAACAGCAGCUAUUCGGCUUCAAAGGAUGAUGGGGUGUGUAUUGAGGAAGGGGAUGUUGGUCAUUCCCAGAGUUAUUCUGGGGAGAGUAGUAGCAAUUUGUCUGCUAAGAAUGCUGCUGUCACAAGAUCUACCGAAAUUACUUUUGAAUUACAGGCUAUAGGUCCUGAACUUACCUUUUAUAAUUCGUCAAGGGAUGCGGGGAAGAGUCUCACCCUUUCCAACAAGCUUUUGCACACGAAAUUGGAUGCUUUCUGCAGGCUUGUUUUAAAGGGUGAUACCAUUGACAUGAAUGCUGACAUACUUGGAUUUACUAUGGAGAGCAAUGGAAUCCGGAUUUUAGAGCCGUUUGACGCCUCUGUGAAGUAUUCCAAUGCUUCUGGGAAGACAAACGUGAAUUUGAUUGUUUCAGAUAUAUUUUUGAAUUUUACCUUUAGCACUUUAAGACUAUUUCUGGCGGUUGAGGAUGAUAUUUUGGCUUUUCUGAGGACGUCUGCCAAAAAAAUGACGAUGGUGUGCUCCGAAUUCGACAAAAUUGGAACACUUCAAAACCCUUCUAAUGACCAGAUGUGCACAUUCUGGAGACCGCGUGUACCGCCUGGUUUUGCCAUAUUGGGUGACUAUCUGACACCAAUUGACAAGCCACCAACUAAAGGAGUGAUUGCUGUUAACACUAGCUUUGUAAGACUGAAGAGGCCUGAAUCUUUCAAGCUUGUUUGGCCCUUAACUUCAAUAGACCAUGAUGGCCAUAGUCAAGGUGAAAUUAAUGGUGAAGUCAGCAAAGGUGAAGGUGAAGGUGAAGGUGAAGUUUCCAUAUGGUUCCCUGAAGCACCAAGAGGUUAUAUAUCAUUAGGCUGCGUGGUUUCUCAUGGAACAGUCCAACCUCCUGUAUCUUCUGCUUAUUGCAUUUUAGCUUCCUUAGUUUCAACCUGUGGCCUAAGAGAUUGCGUAAACAUUCACGUAAAAAAUUCCAGCUUAGCAUUUUGGCGUGUGGAUAAUUCUCUGGGCAGCUUCUUGCCAUCAGACCCAAGCAAUAUGGAUUUGAUUGGUAGAGCUUGUGAAUUGCGGGAAAUAGUUUUUCGUUUUCCUGAAAUCUCACCUCAAACUUUAAGAAUCUCGGACAUUGAAACACUUCCAUUGGGUCGUGAACAUCAAGUGCAGUCUGAAAGGUCAUCAACUGUAAAUUCUGGGCGAAGGUUUGAAGCUGUCGCUUCUUUUAGGCUGAUCUGGUGGAAUCAAGGAUCAGGAUCUAGAAAGAAAGUUUCCAUAUGGCGCCCUAUUGUUCCCGAGGGAAUGGUUUAUUUCGGUGAUAUUGCUGUCAAGGGGUAUGAGCCGCCAAAUACAUGCGUGGUUCUUCACGAUUCUGAUGAGGAGCUAUAUAAGCUCCCUUUGGACUUCCAGCUCAUUGGACGAGUCAAGAAACACAGGGGAGUGGAUGCUAUGUCCUUUUGGCUUCCUCAAGCUCCACCUGGCUUUGUUUCUUUGGGAUGUGUUGCGUGUAAGGGUACUCCCAAGACCUCGGAUAUAUUCUCGUUAAGAUGCAUUCGCAGUGAUAUGGUCACAGGAGAUGAAUUCACGGAUGAGAGCUUGUGGGACACAUCUGAAAUGAGGUUUGUUAAAGAACCAUUAAGUAUAUGGAGCGUUGCCAAUGAAUUGGGUACCUUUAUUGUACGAAGUGGUUUCAAGAAACCCCCGAAACGGUUUGCUUUAAAGCUUGCUGCUCUGGACAUAGCAAGUGGUUCAAAUGACAUUGUGAUCGAUGCCCAACUGAAAACCUUUUCUGCAGCUCUUUUUGAUGAUUACAGUGGCUUGAUGGUUCCAUUGUGUAAUUUGUCCCUUAGCAGCAUAAGGUUUGAUUUACAUGGAAGAUCAGACUUCUCCACUUCCUGUAUCAGUUUUUCAUUGAUUGCUAGAUCGUACAAUGACAAGUAUGAUUCAUGGGAACCCCUCAUUGAACCAGUUGAUGGCUUAUUGAGGUACCAGUACAAUCCCAAUGCACCAGGUGCUGCUUCUCAACUGCGUUUGACAUCCUCUGGGAUUCUGAACUUAAAUGUCUCUGUAUCCAAUGCCAAUAUGAUAUUUCAAGCUUAUGCAAGUUGGAACAGUCUGAGUAGAGUUCACGAGUCUUCCACGAACCAGGAAUCAAAUUCUCCAACAGGCAGAAGGGAUAUUAUUGACAUGCACCACAGAAAGAAUUAUCAUCUCAUUCCAGAGAACAAACUUGGUCGAGACAUCUUUAUCAAAGUUACUGAAAAUUUGAGUGUUUCUAACAUCAUUAAAUUGCCCCCAGGGAAGACGAAGCCGUUGAAGGUGCCAGUUUCUCAGAAUAUGUUAGAUUCUCACUUCAAUGGAAAUCUCAGUGGGAAAAUGGAACAGAUGGUGACCUUUAUAGUUGCAGAGGCGGAGAUCCCAAAAACGGAAAGUUUGUCAUCUUGCCAAUAUGGUGUUACCGUACGACUUACUCCAAGCCAAAGCCCAAGUGUUCAAUCGCAACAGAAUCAGCAAAGUGCUCGGACUUCUGGAGCAGGAGCAGCUUCCUCUCCCGGAGUUGAGAUUGUAAAAUGGAAUGAAGUAUUCUUCUUUAAAAUUGAUUCAGCGGAUUCCUACACGGUGGAUAUGAUUGUGACAGACAUUGGGAAAGGCGAAGCAGUGGGGUAUUUUUCGUCGCCAUUGGAGGAAAUAGCAAAACCUGAAGACAGCUCAACUGGCCUAGUGUGGCUACAACUGUCAUCAGCAGAAUCUGACGUUGCUGCUUCAAAAGAGAUUGUAAAAUUAAGUUCUGCAAGGAUAAGAUGCUCAGUACUGUUGUCACCUAAACCCGAAGUAGAUGGGGAACGUUCGCUCAUAGGAGAGAGAAAAUCUGGGUCCUUUCAGAUUAGUCCAACGAGAGAAGGACCUUGGACUACAGUGAGGCUAAACUAUGCUGCACCAGCUGCUUGUUGGCAGUUUGGUAGCAAGCUUGUUGCCAGUGAAGUGAGUGUCCAUGAUACUGAUCGUUAUGUUACGAUCAGAUCAUUGGUUUCAGUUCAUAAUGAUACUGACAUUCCACUAGAAUUGUGCCUGAAGCUGUCAUCUUCGAGUCAGAAUAGUGCUUCUUUUGAUGAUAGGGGAAUGGAAGCUACUAAAGAAAGUAACCAGUUUGUGACUGAUGAGGUUUUUCAAAAUGAGAAGUAUGACCCUACUGUUGGUUGGGUUGAACUAGACUCCAUAGAGGGAGCAUUGAGUGAUGAGUUGCCUUCAGGGUGGGAAUGGAUUGAUGAAUGGCAUGUAGAUAAAGGUUCUGUGAGUACAGCUGAUGGUUGGGUUUAUGCUCCAGACUUUGCACAUCUAAAGUGGCCUGAAUCAUACAAUCCUCUCAAGAAUGUGAAUUACGCCAGACAAAGGAGGUGGAUUAGACAUAGGAAGCUUAUCUCGCAGGAUAUUAUAUCACAAAUAUCUGUUGGUAUCCUCAAACCUGGUGAAAUUCUUCCGCUUCCCCUUUCUGGCCUGACAAGCUCUGUAUCAUAUGCACUGCAAUUGAGGCCUUUGGACCUAGAAAAAUCUAGGGAAUACUGCUGGAGUUCUGUAAUCAAUAGACCCUAUCCAGCAAAAGAUCUCGGUAAAAUCAAAGAAAAUUCAGAAAUAUGUGUUUCAACUCUUGAAAGGACGGAGGAACUCUUGUACUGCCCUGAGAUGAGUGGAACUUCAUCAAAUGGUUCACAAAGUAUGUGGUUUUGUGUGAAUAUACAAGCAAAAGAAAUUGCAAAGGACGUGUAUUCUGAACCUAUCAAUGAUUGGAGUCUUGCAGUCAAACCACCUUUGUCUAUAACGAACUUUCUUCCUCUAUCAGCUGAAUUUUCUGUUCUUGAGAUGCAAAGCAAUGGUCAUUUUCUUGAUUGUUUUCGAGGAGUAUUUAGUCCGGGGGAGACCAUAAAUAUCUACAAUGUGGAUGUUAGAAAUCCUCUGUAUUUAUCAUUGCUCCCACAGAAGGGAUGGCUGCCCCUGCAUGAGGCAGUUCUUAUAUCUCAUCCUAGCAGAGCACCAUCAAAGACCAUAAGCUUAAGAAGUUCGAUUUCUGGAAGAAUUGUACAAUUAAUCCUUGAUCAAACGGAGCAUCAUGAAGGGCUUGGGCAAUCAAGAAUCCUUAGAGUUUAUUCGCCCUAUUGGCUGGGGAUUGCAAGAUGUCCACCCCUAACACUCAGGCUGGUAGAUUCUUCUGCCAGAAGAACAAAAAGAAAGCUUUCACUCCCUUUCAAGUCGAAGAAAACUGGUGACGUCAUCCUGGAGGAAAUAACUGAGGAGGAAUUAGCUGAUGGUUAUACUAUUGCAUCUGCUUUAAAUUUCAAAUUUUUGGGGCUCUCGGCAUCUCUAAGUCAAUCAGGAGAACAUUUUGGGCUGGUUAAGGAUCUUUCUCCUCUCUCUGAGAUGGAUGGAUCUGUGGACCUUUCUGCUUAUGAUUCGGAUGGCAACUGUAUGCGCCUAUUUAUAUCUUCAAAACCUUGCGCAUUCCAAUCAGUUCCAACAAAGGUCAUCUCUGUUCGUCCUUAUGUAACCUUCACCAAUAGGCUUGGAGAAAAAAUAUAUAUGAAGCUAAGCAAUGAAGACGAACCAAAGAUUUUGCAACCGGCAGAUUCCAGAGUCCCAUUUGUCUACCGUGAAACUGAUGGACCAAUGAAACUCCAGGUUCGACUGGAGGGUACAAACUGGACAUUCCCUUUCCAAUUAGUGAAGGAGGACACAAUUUCUUUGGUCACUAGGAAGGAUGAUGGUACACGAAGAUUUCUGAGAAUCGAAAUACGUGGCUAUGAGGAGGGGUCCCGUUUUAUUGUUGUCUUUCGCUGUGGAUCACUUAAUGGUCCUAUAAGGUUUGAAAAUCGAACAAGAAAAAUGCAGAUGAAAAUUCGUCAGUGUGGAUUUGGUGACGAUGCUCAGCUUCAUUUGUACCCUCUUUCGACCAAUAAUUUCUGUUGGGAGGACCCAUACGGCCAAAAGUUAAUCGAUGUGGAGAUUUACGACAGUAAUAGUAGUACAAUAUGUAAUUUUAACUUAGAUAACCCAGGUUUACUCUCUGAGGGUGAAAGCUUGGGCCUGUUAUUACAUGUCUUAGAUUUAGGUGAUAUUAAGGUUGCCAGAUUUUUGGAGACAACCCCAUUAGCAAGUCCAAGAAAUGGGCACAAGUCUAUGAUACCUGCGAGAAGUUUUCAAAGUUCCCUUAUUGAUACCAAGACGCAGGAGAAUGGAUCUCCAUUAGAGCUUAUAGUUGAAUUGGGAGCUUGCGGGGUUUCAAUAGUUGACCAGAGACCAAAAGAGCUUUCUUACUUGUACUUGGAGCGUGUGUACAUAUCUUAUUCAACUGGCUAUGAUAGUGGAACUACAAGCAGGUUCAAACUCAUAUUAGGCUAUUUGCAGGUAGACAAUCAGCUCCCCCUUACAGUGAUGCCUGUGCUGCUUGCACCUGAGCAAAUGAGCGACAUAAAUCAUCCAGUGUUUAAGAUGACUCUCACAGUCAGCAACAAAAGUCUGGAUGGGAUUCAGAUCUACCCGUAUGUUUACAUAAGGGUGAUUGACCAAUCUUGGAGGCUGAAUAUUCAUGAACCCAUCAUUUGGGCAUUGAUAGAUUUCUACAAUUAUCUUCGAUUAGAUCGUGUCAAUCAAAGUUCCAGCACCACUCAAGUUGACCCUGAAAUACGUGUAGACCUAAUUGACAUCUCAGAAAUAAGACUUAAGGUUUCUUUGGAAACUAGUCCUGCUCAAAGACCUCAAGGAGUUCUUGGUGUAUGGAGCCCAAUACUUUCUGCUGUUGGAAAUGCAUUUAAAAUUCAAAUCCAUCUGAGAAAAGUCAUACGAAGAGACAGAUUCAUGAGGAAAAGUUCUGUUGCUUCUGCCAUUGGAAAUCGGUUGUGGAGAGAUUUGGUCCACAAUCCUUUGCAUUUAAUUUUUUCUGUGGAUGUCCUGGGCAUGACUAGUUCAACUCUAUCUUCUCUUAGCAAAGGUUUUGCAGAGCUUUCAACUGAUGGGCAGUUUCUACAACUUCGUUCAAAGCAGGGGUGGUCAAGAAGGAUAGGUGGUGUUGGUGAUGGUAUCAUCCAGGGGACGGAAGCUCUCGCACAAGGAGUUGCUUUUGGAGUUUCAGGUGUCUUGACAAAGCCUGUGGAAAGUGCAAGACAAAAUGGUCUGAUUGGCCUUGCUCAUGGACUUGGUCGGGCCUUCUUGGGAUUUAUUGUACAGCCAGUGAGCGGAGCUCUAGAUUUCGUGUCACUGACUGUUGAUGGUGUAGGAGCAAGCUGCUCCAGGUGCUUGGACAUUAUCCAUAACAAGACACAACUGCAGAGAAUAAGGAAUCCCCGAGCCAUUCGUGGUGAUAAUAUACUUAGAGAGUACAAUGAGAGGGAAGCUAUUGGGCAGAUGAUACUUUUUCUAGCAGAAGCAAGUCGACGUUUUGGAUGUACUGAAAUAUUCAAAGAGCCAUCAAAAUUUGCUUGGUCGGAUCAGUAUGAAGAUCAUUUUAUAGUACCAUACCAACGGAUUGUUUUAGUUACCAACAAACGAGUUAUGCUGCUUCAGUGUGUUGCUCCUGAUAAGAUGGAUAAAAAGCCUUGCAAGAUCAUGUGGGACGUACCAUGGGAAGAUAUAUUGGCUCUGGAAUUGGCAAAAGCAGGUUUUCCUAUAGCAACGCAUCUUAUCAUCCAUCUCAAAAGAUUUAGGAGGUCAGAAAAUUUUGUCAGAGUUAUAAAGUGCAAUACUGAAGAAUUAAAUGAUGGGGAGCCUCAGGCUGUCAAAAUAUGUUCAGUGGUGCGUAAGUUUUGGAGGGCACAUAACUCUGGCAUUAAAAGCCGUAUGCCGAAGGUCUCAGCAAACCACAGACUUGUUCGCUUUUCUCACAGUGCAACUGGAAGCAGACCUCAUCCUCAAUCCAAAUUCAUUAUAAAGUCAAGAGAGAUUGCUUUAUCUGGUUCUGUUGCUGAUAAAAGAUUUGUAACUCACUGUAUGAACUUUUCAAAGGUAUGGAGCAGUGAGCAAGAAUCAAAAGGUCGAUGUAAUUUGUGCCAGAAGCAGGCCUCGGAAGAUGGUGGAAUCUGUAGUAUUUGGCGCCCAAUUUGUCCUGAUGGGUACAUCUCAAUUGGAGACAUAGCUCGUUCCGGAAACCAUCCCCCAAAUGUUGCUGCUGUAUACUGUUAUUCUGACAAGCUCUUCACUCUUCCAGUUGGGUUUGACCUGGUUUGGAGGAACUGUCCUGAUGACUACGUGACCCCAGUGUCGAUCUGGCAUCCGCGUGCUCCGGAGGGCUAUGUGUUCCCGGGAUGUGUUGCUGUGCCCAGCUUUGAGGAGCCAGAGCCGAAUGCUGUGUACUGCAUUGCAGAAUCGCUGGUUGAGGAAACAGGGUUUGAAGAGCAGAAGAUUUGGUCAGCACCAGAUUCAUACCCGUGGGCAUGCCAUAUUUACCAAGUACAAAGCGAAGCUCUCCAUUUUGUUGCCUUGAGACAACCUAGAGAGGAAUCAGACUGGAAGCCGAAUAGGGUGGUUGAUGAACCUCAACAAUCAGCUCAAAUCUCAGAAGUUCAAUGGCAUCUGUAA